UUAAACCAACGCCAUUCUCCUCAUUAAUUCCCUCCACCUCCUCUCAUUCCUCUUCCAUCUAAACUUCUACAUGGAAGCCAUUGCAGCCCUCCUCCUCUUCCUCCUCUCCCUCUGCAUCCUCUUCUUCCCUCUCUCCAAGCUCCUCCCAUGGCUCCACUCCUUCCUCUUCUCUACUCAUCCCAAACCCCCUAACUCUUCAUCUACGACGCAUACCACCGAAAAGAGAGAAGAAUGUGAUCUUGAAACUGUCUUUGCGACCUUUGAUUCUGACGGUGAUGGCUUCAUCUCUAAAGUAGAGCUAGUAGAGUCCCUAAAGCGGCUCGGCCUCACGGCCACUGGAGAUGAGGUGAGAAGCAUGAUGGAGAAGGCGGAUACCAACAAUGAUGGUCUCAUUGACUUCAAUGAGUUCAAGGAGCUUAGUUUGUCGUGGGGGCUAACGAGUAGAGGCGGUGGGGACGGCGAAGAGGAUGGUGAGUUGCGGGAGGCGUUUGCGGUGUUCGACGGCAAUGGUGAUGGCAUGAUAACAAUGGAGGAGUUGAGCUUGGUGCUCAAGUCCUUGGGUUUGAAAGAGGGGGAGAGGGUUGAGGCUUGCAGGGAAAUGAUAAAGAAAGUGGAUACGAAUGGAGAUGGGAUGAUCAACUUUGAAGAGUUUAAGAAGAUGAUGAUUAUGAAGGAAGGGAAGAUCUUCUAACUUAGAACAGGGCAAGUUUUUUGUUGUUAUUCUUCUUCUUUUGAUUGCCUUAUAUGACCUACAUUUAUAUAUAUAAUUUUUGCCUUCUUUUGUAUAUAUAGCUUUGAUUUUUCCUAAAAAGUGUAGUGAUGAAUUAGGUAAAUUUAUGUCUAAUACUAAUGUCUUUCUA